CACACGGAAUGGUGCGGUUACUAAUUGUGUAGAGAAUAGGACCAAUCCGGACUUUGUGCGCCCCUAAAUUAUAUCAAUCACCUCGUUUUUUGUAUUUCUUAAAUGGAGAUAAUAAGGCCGGGGGAUCCUAAUUAAAUUGGAACUAGGACACCACAAAACUUGUUAAACAAGGCAACGUUUGUAAAGGAAAACAAGUUGCCUUAUUUUCACACACGCACUCUGUAUAUAUAUAUGCCGUGAUGCGGAGUCAAGACGAAUCCCGGGAACCCUUAUUUGCGUUGAAAGCGAUUCAGUCUUCUCCAAGUUCUAAUCAGCUGCUUGCCAAUAAGAUUAAUCUCUUAAAAGCACAAAAGGAUGUCCAUGCCGCAGAAGGGCACAACAAUGGCAAAAAGAACCAAACAAAGCAAGAGCGGCCAAAGCAACCGCACAGAAUCCAGGCCACCACGAGCAACAGAGAGGAGAGAGGAAACUUGGUCGCCGGUCAUGGAAGGGAUAAUCCCACUUCCACCCUCUCUAACCGUGAAUGCAGCCGCCCCAUCUAA